AUGCGGCUGCUCGCGCGUACUCUCCGCGCGGCGCAAGGGCUGCGCGAGGCCCCGCCCCCCGCCAGGAGCUGCCGCGGGGCCGCCGCCGGGGCCGGUAUGUGCUGGGGACGUGCCGCGCAGCAGCCGCGGCGCCCGCUGAGCUCCUGGCCCGGCCUGGAGACGCUGUUCGCCGCGCCCGCGCUGCGCCGCUUCCUAGAGGAGCAGGCGAGGGGUCGAGCCGGCCCCGAGCUGGGAGCGCGGAUACAGCGGCUGUGGGCAAAGGAGCAGGAGUUGCGGGACACGCAAGAGCUGGCACGAGCAGAUGAGAAUGAAGAUUUGCAGAAGCUUGCAGAAGAGGAAAUAGUUUCCUGUCAGGAAGAGAUAACUGAAUUGAAGCGCCAGAUAGUAUUGCAUUUGAUUCCUUCAGAAGAAACAGACGACAGUGAUUUGGUCAUGGAAGUAACUGCUGGAGUUGGUGGACAGGAAGCCAUGCUGUUCACUGCAGAUAUAUUUGAUAUGUACCAACAAUAUGCUGCAUAUAAAAACUGGAGAUUUGAAAUACUGGAAUAUUUUCCAAGUGAAAUAGGUGGCCUGAGACAUGCAGCUGUUAGUAUAGCAGGUCUUGAAGCAUACAAGCAUAUGAAGUUUGAAGGAGGCGUGCAUCGUGUUCAACGAGUGCCAAAGACAGAAAAGCAAGGCCGUAUUCACACCAGUACAAUGACUAUCGCACUAUUACCCCAACCCGUGGAGAUCAAUCUGAUAAUUAAUCCUAAAGAUUUACAAAUUGAAACUAAGAGAGCCAGUGGAGCUGGGGGCCAGCAUGUAAAUACAACUGACAGUGCUGUACGGAUAGUUCAUAUUCCAACAGGUGUAGUGUCUGAAUGUCAACAAGAGAGAUCUCAAAUCAAAAAUAAAGAGAAGGCUUUGCAGAUGCUUCGUGCUAAACUAUACAACAUCAAAGUAGAAGAAGAGACAACCAAGAGAUACAAUGCCAGAAAGAUUCAGAUUGGGACCAAAGGAAGAUCCGAGAAGAUCAGAACAUACAACUUUCCACAGGAUCGUGUAACUGACCACAGGAUAAACAAAACAGUGCAUCAUAUUGAAAGUUUUAUGUUAGGGGAAGAACUGCUAGAUGAAAUGAUAACAUCCCUGAGGGAAUAUGCUGAUUAUGAAACUUUAAUGGAAAUUAUUUCAGAAAAUGUAAAAACAAAUCUGACCUGAACUUUGUUCUUUGCUAAGCCCUGUAAUGACAGAUAUGGCUACCCUGACACAAAUUAGCUGCAUGGCUGUUUGCUGGAGCAUCACACAGGAGGUGUAAACUGCAUUUCAGAUCAUCAAAAAGGAUUAAUUUAUCUCUUCAUGACUGCUAAACAGUUUUUCCUACUUGCUGGAGUAGAAGACUAUAGACUUGUGUAUGAGAUGACUACAGUGUAGAAAAUCUAAAGUAAAUAUGAUUGAGUUUGAA